UACAUUACUUUCCAGCCUCGGCGCACAAGAUAAGGAGGUGAGCGCUCUGCGCGGCAGAGUCGCUCCCGUGUCGUUAGGGGGCGGCGGCAGGAGGCCUCACGGCGGCGGUGAGCCGCGGAGGAGAAGAAGGAGCGCCUGGGAGGGGGACGCUCCCGUGCUCCCAUUCUCCCCCGUCUCGCUCUGCCAAGGAAGGAAGGGCAUGGCCCUGCGAGCAGCCGCGACGAGGCUCGCGUCCUCUAGCCACCGCCGCCGCCACGGCCACCUCCUGCCGGCAGCCACCACUGCCAGCCACGCGACCUUCACUCCCACGCCACCAGCUUCGGAUUCAGGAAGGUGCACCAGGACGAGAAGAGCAAGCUGGUCAGAAACGUGCUCCCCAGGCGCGCGUGCGGAUGCAGGGGCUCGAGCACGAGCACACGUCGUUGUGACCUGCCCGCCUCGCCAAGGAAGGGUCCUCGGACGGAAUCUCCAUCAGGUUGCGUCCUUGGACCAGAAGCUCCCUCAAAUCUCGUCGAAAUUGCAAUUUUCGUCGAAACAUCCAAUGUCGCCGCCGAGCUCGCCGGAGGAACAAGAACGUCCGUCCAACCGUCGAAUGUCGUUGUCGGCGGCUACACCAGAGCAGAGCAAAUGUGAAGAAGUUCAGAGCAGGUGCAUGUUUUUGAGAUUCAGAGGACGUGUAAACUGGGAGGUGGCUUGCCAUACUUUUGCAGUUAAUUUGCCCCAUAGGUGUCUUCCGUAAGAUGCUAUAAGGAUCACAUAACUUCCUUUACCGAAUACAGCGCCGACGGUGGCAAGACACUUUCUAUCUGCAGUUCUCCAACUUUGAGGAUGGUGGCCACCUGUUUCUUAAUUGUAAACUGAUCAAGCAACGAUGGCGAGCACGGCUGCUUGAGGAUAUCAGACUUAGACUGCUCCAGUGUACAUCUGCCAAAGAAAUUAUGUCUAUAAUCCUUGACCUGCCAGAGGAGAGGAAGCUGCUAUCCAUCGCUUUGCUCUGGUGUUGGUGGACAGAACGGAACAGGGGCAAUCAUGGGGAGCGACGGCUGGAAGUUGAAGCUUUUCGAUACACUGUCUGUCACCACGCUGAUGAAUGGAAAGAGUUUUUGAGCGCUAAGCCUACUGAACCGAUCGUGCGGCAGCAUAAGUGGGAGAAGCCUCCAAGCAAUACGGUGAAAAUAAACGCCGAUGUUGCGUUUGCAGGACAAAAGGGGAGUUGGAGGCUGGGGCCUAAUUUGCAGAGGUGACGCUCAAGACAUUCGUUUUUCAGUGGCUGGAGCCCAGCAUGAUCUGCACAAUGCCCUACAAGCUGAAGCUGUUGCUCUUUCCAAGGCAGUGACUCUGGCGGAUAGGUUAGGAGUUGGGCGCGUCAUUUUUGAAACUGACUGUAUGGUCCUUAAGCAAGCAAUGAACUCAAACGACUACGAGUUGGCGCAACUGGGUGUUUUGUUUAGUGA